AUGAGUUUUUUUUGGAAGCGUACUCCGGCAGCGUCGCUCCAGGAGACCUCGCAAGGAAUCAGCACCAAGAUCGCAUCCAUCGAUGAGAAAAUAAACGCCUGCAAUGCGGAGCUGGCGAGCAUAAAAUCUGGACUUGCCAGUUGCAAGAACCCUGCGGCGGUGGCCGCAGCCAAGCGCAAGGCUUUACAGGUGCUCCAACGCCGCCGCGUUUAUGAGAACCAAAGGGAACAGCUCUGCGGUGUUCAAUUAUCGGUCGAUCAGUCGGAACACAUUGCCAGCCAAUUGCAGACGGCGGUGGAAGUGCGGAAUGCACUCUCGUCAUCUGUGAAAGCAACUCGCAAGCAACUGAAACUCGUAAAGGUGGAUCAGUUGGAGCGCCUCCAAGAUGAAAUGGAGGACCUGGCGGAUUACGCUGACGAUGUAAACGAGAUAUUGAGUCGGUCAUACGCGAUUCCAGAUGAUGUGGAUGAGAACGAGCUGGAGCUUGAGUUUUCCAUGCUCGAAGAGCCCGAGGAGCCGCUGCUUUCAGGCGCUACCUCCCCCGUUAAAGUGUUCCAAAACGUCAAAGGAAAGGUUGCUUCAUAUCUUGAGGGUACGCUGAUUUUGUGA